AUGAAGUUCUCCGCGUCGCUCUCGCAGGCGGUUCUGCCCCUGCUCGCCCUCGUCGGCGCCAGCCAAGCCUCCAAGUGUCGAUGCCUCCCUGGCGACGCCUGUUGGCCGUCGACGGCGGUGUGGAACUCGCUCAACUCGACCGUUGGCGGCCAGCUCAUCGCGACGGUCCCGAUCGGGUCGCCGUGCCACGACCCCAACUACGACGCCGACUUGUGCGCCGAGUUGCAAGAUGAGUGGAGUCUUCCCCAGCUUCACUUCAACUCGUCGUCCUCGGUGAUGCAGGCGUACUUUGCCAACCAGAGCUGCGAUCCCUUCCUUGCAGAGUCCAUUCCCUGCACCCUCGGAAACUACGUGUCGUACGCCGUCAAGGUCUCCACCGCCGCCCAGGUCGCCGCCGCCGUCAACUUCGCGACCAAGUACAACAUCCGCCUCGUCGUGCGCAACACCGGCCAUGAUUACCUUGGCCGUUCCACCGGCGCCGGAGCCCUGGCUAUCUGGACGCACCACAUGAAGGACACCUCCGUUGUCAACUGGUCCAGCAGUGUCUACACCGGCCCGGCCCUGAAGGUCGGAGCCGGUAUCCAGGGCGCUGAUGCCGUCGAGGCUGCCAAUGCCGCCGGCCUGACUGUUGUCUCUGGCGAGUGCCCUACUGUUGGCCUCGCUGGCUUCACCUUGGGCGGUGGCCACUCGGCUCUUAGCACCAGCUUCGGUCUGGGCGCCGACCAGGCUCUCCAGUUUGAGGCCGUCACCGCCGCCGGAAAGAUCGUCACCGCCUCUGCCACCCAGAACAGCGACCUCUUCUGGGCCCUGAGCGGCGGCGGCGCUGGAAACUUCGCCGUCAUCACCUCCAUCACCGUCAGAGCUCACUACACCGGCACCAUCGGCGGUGCGACUCUUGUCGUGUCUGCGGCUGGCACUAACAAGACCAACUUUGACACUGCUGUCACUCGCUUCCACGCUCUCUUGCCCGCCAUGAUUGAUCUCGGCCCUACCGUCGUCUACUACGUGACCAGCGGCGUCCUCGUGGUCAAGCCCAUCACUCUUGUCAACUCUACCGGUGACUAUGUCCGUGACACCGUCUUGGCGCCAUUCCUCACUGUUCUCAGUGGGCUCGGCAUCACUCCCUCCGUGUCUUAUACCACCCUCAGCUACCGUGAUCACUACGACACUUACAUGGGCCCGCUGCCUUACGGCCACAUCGGUGCCUCCGAGUACCAGUACGGUGGCCGUCUGAUUCCUCGAUCCGUCAUCGAGAACGAUAACGAGUCCUUCCAGAAGGUGAUCCAAAACCUGACUUCCAACGGCGUCAUCGCCGUCGGCAGCAGCGGAACCUUCAAGCAGUACGCCGGAAACAGCAACGCCGUCUACCCUGCUUGGCGAACCGCCAUCAUGUCGAUGCAGCUGGCCACCGCCUGGGACCCUACCAAGUGGGACGCCAUGAUCGCCAUGCAGAAGCGCAUCACCAACGAGUUUGUGCCGCUCAUCACCUCCGUCACUCCCGGCAGCGGAGCGUACAUGAACGAGGCCGACUUCAACCAGCCCAACUGGAAGCAGACCUUCUACGGCUCCAACUGGGACCGCCUGCUGACCAUCAAGAACAAGUGGGAUCCCAACGCGCUCUUCUACAACCUCAAGGGUGUUGGAAGCGAUGUCUGGACCGUGGCCGCCAACGGCCGCAUGUGCAAGGCUUAA